UGUUCGCCCCGUGGCAGUUAUUCUUUGACCGGACACAAACACAUCAGCCCAGCCGGUCUUUACCCAGAGUUACCGAUCCAAAACGACACCUUAUUCGGAAUUUAGCCAUUCUGACGCAACAUGGAGGACACUUACGUUAAACCCGGGAACCAGGAGCGUGGCUGGAACGACCCCCCCCAGUUCUCAUACGCCCUUCAGAUGGCCCGUGGGCCACCAAAGAACCACCUGAACAAGAGGGUAGCUGCUCCUGUGGAUUCAGGGGCUGGAGUCCUUCCCACAACCCCUCCCUCUGCUGAUCCUUUAGGGCCACCGCCAUGUGGUAUAGCCCAGCCCCCAAGCAGCUUAGCUCCGCCUCCUCGUAGUAUCGCACCACCCCCUUUAUCAUCAGUUGGAUUCCCACCUGCCGGAGUGGCCACGCCUCUUCCUCAACAUGAACCAAUGAACCCUCAGAGAGACACUGGUGUCAGCCAAUCAGAGCCCAACCUGGAGCUGGUGAUGUCUGUACUGAACCGAGCGCUGCAGGCCUGCAGAGUAUCUGUGACAGAUUAUGUCUGUAAUGAGGUGGAGAAGAGACUCCGCCUACUGGAAGACAGCUGGAGGUCAGGGAAGCUCAGUUUCCCUGUGAAGAGGCGCAUGGAGGUCUUGGCACGGGAGUUGCAGACGGGGAACUGGAGUUCAGCAGAUGAGGUUCAUCGCUCUCUGAUGGUCGAUCACGUGACUGAGGUCAGCCAAUGGAUGGUUGGUGUCAAACGACUCAUUGCUGAGGUCCAGAAUCUUAGUCCUGAACUUCUUGAAACACUAAAGAACCCAACAGGACCAGACCAGGACUCUGGAGAACCAGCACCAGAUCCAUCUCCUCUCUCCUGACUUUCCUUCAGCAAACAAUGACUUUGAGUUCAAACCCAAAUCUGCAACCUGGUCUUAGGGAGAUUCUGGUGCACUACAGUUUACUCUGGAGAUCAGAUUGUUGACACGAAGAUGCCUUAGUUCUGUUUUGACUGAAGCUCUCUCUCUGGGCUCUGCCCUCCAGACUCUGGGGUCCUCCCCCCACAUUCUGUUCUCCUUCCUACAGAGUCUGGCGUACACCUCUUUCCACAUUCUAGUUUCCUCCUUCCAGGCUCCAGACUCCUCCCUCCAGAGUCCAGGCUCCCCCCACCAGAAAUCUGUAACUGGGCCUGAGGAACCCUGGAUGACAGCUGCUGUCCAGAUCAGAGCUCACAUUCGGAUGUUGAGCUUUGCGGACUUUACAGCCUAAGGAAUCCUUCAUUAAGGUUCUGGAUUCCAGAGCCUUAGUUGUGGAAUGAAUGACUGUUCUUAAAAUAGAAGAACUAUGGUAGUUUAAAACUGCUGAGGGGUUCAUCAUCUGAAUGUUUGGCUGUUUCCAUACUUGUGUUCAAUAAAACAAACUGAAGCAGAACAACAUGCUGUCUGACAACUCUGGGACCAUCCUGGGACCUGCUGUACUGUACAGGCUGCUGGUUCCUGAAACUUCAGUUUCAUUUCUUA